GCGCCUUAUCCUCCUUCAAAAUCACCGGAAAAAGCCAAACAUGCCGUCCGUUUCCGGCCAAGUCGUGUGCGUCACCGGCGCCGGAGGCUUCAUCGCCUCAUGGCUCGUUAAGAUCCUACUGGAGAAAGGCUACACAGUCAGAGGAACUGUUAGGAACCCAGACGAUCAAAAGAAUUGUCAUCUGAGGGAGCUUGAAGGUGCAAGUGAGAGGCUAACUCUGAUAAGAGCAGACCUUCUUGAUUACCAGAGUUUACGUGAAGCUAUCAACGGUUGUGAUGGAGUUUUCCACACUGCAUCACCCGUUACAGAUGAUCCAGAACAAAUGGUGGAGCCGGCGGUGAUAGGGACGAAGAACGUGAUAACGGCAGCGGCGGAGGCCGGCGUCCGGCGUGUGGUAUUCACUUCCUCAAUUGGUGCGGUGUACAUGGACCCCAGUAGAGACCCGGAUAAGGUUGUGGACGAAACUUGUUGGAGUGAUCUUGACUUUUGCAAAAGCACAAAGAAUUGGUAUUGCUAUGGGAAGAUGGUAGCAGAGAAAACAGCAUGGGAAGAGGCUAGGGAGAAGGGAGUUGAUGUGGUGGUGAUCAACCCAGUAUUGGUGCUAGGGCCAUUGCUACAACCCACCAUCAAUGCAAGUGUUCUUCACAUCCUUAAGUACUUGACUGGCUCUGCUAAAACCUAUGCCAAUUCAGUCCAAGCUUAUGUGCAUGUUAAGGAUGUUGCCCUAGCUCACAUACUCCUCUUCGAGACCCCGUCCGCUUCUGGCCGCUAUCUCUGCGCCGAAAGUGUUCUUCACCGUGGCGAUGUGGUUGAAAUUUUGGCCAAGUUCUUUCCCGAGUAUCCUAUCCCCACCAAGUGUUCGGACGAAAUAAAGCCGAGGGUGAAACCAUACAAAUUUUCUAACCAAAAGCUUAAGGACUUGGGGUUGGAGUUUACUCCAGUGAAGCAAUGCUUGUAUGAGACGGUAAAGAGCCUUCAGGAGAAAGGUCAUCUUCCUCUCCCCGUCCAAAAUGAUGAACCAAUUCGAAUUGGCUCAUAACUCAUAAACUUCUCUAAAAAAAAACUCUAAAAUUUGGUUGUGGGUAAGAUUUAAAUGGAAAAAUGAAUAUGAGUUUGUGUUGAUGAUGUGUACCAUGAUGUCUACCAAUGAAAUCUUUCUUGUAUUUUGUUAAAUGUUCUACUUGCCCUUACCUAUAAAAUAGUAAAUUUCAAGUUGGUGGAUGGGCACCAGCAGGUUGUUGGUGGACUUGGCAGAAUAUAUAUGUUGUCCAAUGAUGUUGACCUUGAAUCUCCAGCUCCCAAGAUUCCAUUAGCAAUCCAAGUAGGUGGCCAUAUCAUCCAGGCCACUGGUUUUAUUUGUUGAUCUAUAUUAUAUUGUAUUUGUACAAUGGUUAUAUUAGUGGAUUUGGAUCAACAUUUUGUCCAAUGAUGGUACUUGAAUCUCCAGUUCACAAGAAUUCAUUAGCAAUUUUAGUUGACAUUAUAUUAAUGGACAUAUUGAUCUAAAUAAU